AGAAGCAUCAUUGUAAAUUAAAAGGGUGUUGUUUUUUGUAUUGACCGAAUAAUUAUCAUCAUAGUAAUAAUACAACACACAUAUAACAAAGAUGAUUAGAUAUUUUAAAGUAGUUUUGAGUGAUUUUAAAUGUACUGGAUUACCUCCUGCAGAUAGAAAUGGUCUGUCAGACCCAUAUAUCAAGGGUAACUUUGAUAACUUUCGUACUUUUAAAUCACCAACAAAGAAAAAGACAUUGAAUCCGCAGUGGGACGGUUUUACAGUUGAAUUUGACUAUCACACAAAAUACGGAUCUAAACUUCACUUGAAGAAGCUCUUGUUGGAUGUUUAUGAUCACGAUGUGCUCGGAAAGGAUAACUUUUUGGGUUGUUGUGCCUUGGAUUUAUUCUCUCUUGCUUGUGGACCUACAAAACAAAUAAUUACCCUUCGUUCUCAACUCAAUGCUAAGGAUAAUAACGGUACAAUAGAAUUUAAUUGUGUGAUGGAGGAAGUAACCAAGUCAUUCAUGAUUUGUUUAUCGAAUGUAAAGGUUAAUUUUAAUCCUCCUUUGGAAGAACCUAAAAAUUUGAGGUGUAUUGUAUUAGCAGAGGAUAUCAAUGCUCCAGAGACUAAUACAUUAACCUGUAGAGCAGUACAAUCAGAAGCUGUUUGGUCACAAUUUGCCAAUUUGGAACUUAAAAAUGUUUCUCUCAAAACCAUCUUGGAUGACAGAAUCAUUAUUAAGAUUAAACAAGAAAAGACUGGUAUUGACCCAACUAUUGCUCGUAUUAAUAUUGAUUUGUCAAAGAUUUUAGAUAAAUUUUUGGAUGAAAAUAGAACCAUGUCAGCUGGAGAUGGUCUCACUGAAGAUAUGCUUCCAGUAAAGAUUACUGGUCUCAAAGUUGAAUAUAAGAAUGCAGACAAUAUGUCAUUCAAGAAAUCUCCAAAGAAAUCAGGUGGAUUUGGUCUUAAGAGUUCAACUCAGGAAUAUGAUGAUGAAUUGUUAGGAAAUCCUAGUAACAGUAUCAAGACUGCUUUUGAUAGAUCUUUAGGUGUUGCUGAAUUGGAAAUUGGAUUUAUUGGUAUUCCAAUGUAUGCCCAAAUGGUUAGUGGUUCUGCUAAGGAUAAGAUUGUAACUGGUACUCCCCUUCUUGAAAACUUGCCAGUGCCUUCUGGUUUUGUUCCAUCUGCCAAUAGAGAUGAAAAGAGAAAGCUUUCAUCUUCUCCAACUAGUACAACUAGUACAGAGAAUGGAAGUGGAUCAAGAAGAGCUUCAGUUGCUCUCGAACCUCAAACUUUACCAACAACUGCAGGUCUACCAUACGGUUGGGAAAAGAAGGUUGAUAAGAGAACAAAUAAGGAAUACUAUGUUGAUCACAAUACAAGAACUACUCAUUGGCAUUUCCCAACCAGUGAUUCAAAGUCUCAAUUGGAUGAAGAAGAACACUCUGAAAUGGAAGAAGUUGAAAUGUCUAUCAAACCAGUCCAACAAGAAAGACGUCAAUCUGUACAAAGUGGUAAUUCUCAAGUUUAUCAAAUCCCUGUAUCCCCAAGCCAAAAGCAAACAUAUCAAACUGUACCUCAAAAUGUAGUACCACAAGUAAUGCCACAACAAACUUAUCCUCAAAACUAUCCACAACAAUCUCCACAAUCACCACAAAACUAUCCUCAAAAUCAACCAUACAUUCCUCAAAAUGUUCCACAACAACAAGCUUAUCAAACCAUGCCUCAAGUCAUGCCACAACAACCUUCCUUACCAACAACACCUGGUUUACCAUAUGGUUGGGAAGAAAGAGUAGAUCCUGGUUCUGGUCGUGCUUAUUAUUUAAAUCAUACUACUAAGAGCACUCAAUGGGAAAGACCAGGUCAACCAACAGUUAAUAAUACUCAACAAUCUCUUAUUCAAGGUUUCAAUAAUCUUCGUGUCUCCCCACAAAACCCACAAACCUACCAAACAAAUCCACAAGCUUAUCAAACAAGUCCACAACAACAACAACAAGCCUAUCCAACCAUGUCUCAAUAUCCGACAAAUCCUCAACCACAAACUUACCAAACCAUGCCUCAACAGAAACAACCACUUCCAAAUGGUUGGGAAGAGAGAGUUGAUCCAAGCUCUGGUCGUUCUUACUAUCUUAACCAUUUUACAAAGACAACACAAUGGGAUAGACCAACUUAUUAAAUACCACCAAUAAAAUCUAUUGUUAAUAAU